AUUGCACGCAGCGAUCGCAACCUCAGGUCAAGAAGACGAGGACCCGAGAGCUCGCUCGCAGCGCUGUGAGGCGAUCGUCGUCGUCGUCGUCUCAAUCCAUGUUCGUGUGUGAAGGCCAUGGAGCCGUAGAGUUCUGAGUGCCCUGACUGCGGUCCGACGACGAUGAUGAGACUGCGUCAUCUGAGAAAGCGAAUCAAGAAUCGUGAGGUAGAUCGAGAAUGUGGUGCCCGACGCCCAAGCCCAAGGUGAUCCCCCGGCCGAAACCCACCUUCCGGCACCACCACCAUCAUCCUCCUCGACAGCAGCAGCAGCAGCAGCUGAUGAAAGCCGAUGCGGCCCCGCAGGGCAAUGAUGGCGAGAGGGAGGGCCGGCCGAAGGAGGAGGAGCAGCAGCAGCAGCAGCAGCAACCCGACCCGCACCGCGACGCGAGGCACUACGGCAUGAAGCGCACCGACAUCACGCGCAGAUUUUGCGUGGAAGACAGAGGCCGUCACGUGCCGUGCGACCAAUCUCACGGCCUCAGGAAGACCGAUAUCACACGCUAUUUGGAGCGCGUGGUUCCCUCGCACGCCUUCCAGCCAUCGCCGAGCCCUCCGCAGACCCCGCGCAGCGAUGGCGAUCGCUGCGCUCGGCGGCCUCGCAGUCGCUGCGACGCAUUGCGCCCCGACACGGCGCCCACGGGCGAAAUGAAACGCUUGUCCGCAUCGAGCGCGGGCACGGUCAAUUUCGGUUCCAGGAGGGCGUCGAGCUUGACGCCCUCGCCUCUCAAGCCCCUCGAGGCCCCAUCUCCUCUUCCUCCUGGGUCCCCACAGGCAUCGGAGCCCGGCGCAGGAGGAUUGCCGGACUCUGACAGUGGCUCGAGAAAUCCCAGAAUCGCUGGUGGUACGGGGUGUACAUUGAUGGCACCUUCUGCGCAUUUGUCCGGUGGCAGGCUGCAGUCGGUGCCAGAGUGAACGAUUAUUGCUCGAGGGGUCGAUAGAGGACUGUCCAUCCGAUCGGCUCGAUUGGACGCUAGGAGGAAGACAGGCAUUCUUGUGUGAGAAUCGCGCUCAGAGACGCGGAUUGUCUAGAGCAGGUUCAUGCAGCUGAAAUCAUGUACCACUAAUAUGCAACUAGCGCAUUGCCAUUCUUUAU